AUCACGCAGGAUGGAAAGUGCGCGGCUGUCGGAAGGCAGCAACUCUUGGAAAUACAUGGAGAAGAAGUGUAGGAACCCGGGCCCGGUGACUGGAGGCGAUGAGGAGGAUGAUGGCGCCGAGAUGAAACCUGCGCUCGGUACCCAGGUCGGUGCUGCACCGCGCACAGACGCGCUGAACGGGAACCGCUGCGGGCGAGGAAUAACGGGCACCUCGAACUCCCUGUUGCUCAGAAGACGCCGGUUGAAAAGAAAUCUGUCCGCUGCUUCGAAACCGAACCCGAAUCCGAAUCCGGUCUCGAUCCCGCCGUCGGCGUCUACCCUGAAACGUCGGCAGACGGUGCAGCUCCAGGCGUGCGAUCGGCAGUGGAUCCGCGCCGAUUUGCACCGCGGCUCUGUCCAUGUGCACGACAAACUCCAGCCGUCGUGCCCGCCCAGGCCCGUCCUGUGCACCAUCGAGAGCACGGCCUCCGAGAUCGCCCUGCGUCUCAGCCAGGUCGGUACCAAAUCCAGCUCGGUAGUGCGCAUGGGGGCCAAACUUCACAGCACCACGGACGUGAACGGGAACUGUAGCGGCGCAGACAUAGUGCGCACCGUCUCAGACAUAGUGCGCACCGGCUCCGACAGGUUGCGACUUUUACUUCUCGCUUCCACGGAUCGUCACGGCUUUGAGAUUCUGGACGACCACUUGUCGGAUCUCGGCGCAGGACACCGCGGCCCGUGUAACUCCAGUUCGGACGUGGAGAGUGGCGGCGCCUUUGAUGACCUGAGCUCCAAGCUCGGGGACCACCGCGACUCCUUAAGUGAUGACAUGAUCCUCGGCACGGACGCCUCCGCACUGAGUCCCACGUUUGACAGCGCCACUGAGGGGCUGGACACCUACGGGAGCUCCUCGGACGAGCUCGAGUUGGAGGGACCACCGGGCCACCCGACCGACCUGGAUUUAACCGACCACAUCACGGAUGAGCCUAUGGGGGGUAAUGAGCCAAGCAGCCUGACCUCUACUCCUGAUUACUCAUCAAAGACCGGGGGUGACCGGGACCCUGUCCCUGGUACUCCUGGUUCUCCAGGGUCCGAGGGCGACUCUGAGCCUGCGCUGUACGUGCAGUUGCAUGGAGAGGCUGCCAGGCGUCUUGCACCUGAUGAACGACCUCUGCAGAUCCAGAACGAUUUUCUGUGCAAGCUGGGCUUUAAGGACCCCUGGAGGGUACAGGAGGAGGGCAUGAACACCGAAUUAGGAUCCCUUCUCCGCUUCUAUGCAGGAAAGCCGGACAACAUGGCGAGUUCGGAGCGGGUGCAGCUAUCGGGGACCUACAACGUGCGCAAAGGCAAACUGCAGCUGCCCGUCAACCGCUGGAGCCGCCGGCACGUCAUCCUGUGCGGCACGUGCCUGAUGGUGUCGUCAGUUAAAGCCAGUCAUGCAGGGAAGAUGCACAUCCUGCCCCUCAUCGGUGGGAAGGUAGAGGAGGUGAAGAAACACAGUCACUGUUUGGCCUUCAGUUCAGCCGGACCUCAGAGUCAGACCUACUACAUCAGUUUUGACAGCUUCACCGAGCAUCUCCGCUGGCACCGCCAUGCUGCCAAGAUGGUGUCUCAGAGGAUCAGUUCAGUGGAUCUGUCGUGCUGUAGUUUGGAGAAACUGCCUCCCAAUCUGCUGUACAGUCACGACCUCACCCACCUCAACCUCAAACACAACUUCCUUCCUGCUGACCACUCGCUGCAGCCGCUCCAGAGGUUCUCUCGGUUGAAGAGCCUGAACCUCUCCAAUAACCAGCUGGGCACAUUUCCUCUGGCUCUGAGCUCCAUCUCCACCCUGACCGAGCUCAACCUCAGCUGUAACUGCCUCAGCACCCUCCACCCCAGUGUGGGCAACAUGCACAACCUGCAGACAUUACUGUUGGACGGAAACAUGCUGUCAUCAUUACCGGCGGAGCUGGGCUCUCUGCAGCGCCUCUGCUACCUCGGCCUCACCUUCAACGAAUUCAGCUCCAUUCCUCCUGUCCUGGAGAGACUGACCGCUGUCGAGCGCCUCUGCAUGGCCGGCAACAGAGUGGAACGGCUAACACUGCAGACCUUCCGCCUGCUACCUGUUAAAUACAUUGACCUGCGAUUGAAUCGAAUCUCCAGUGUGGUCCCGGAUGAGCCGGACUUCCUGCGCCACGUUACCCAGCUGGACGUUCGGGACAACCAGCUGAUCGAGCUGGAUGCCUCAGUGUUCCCGCGCCUGGAGGUUCUGCACUGCCAGAGGAACCACAUCACCCAGCUGCGACUCCGAGGCAGCAUGCUCAAAACUAUCUACGCCUCCAGCAACGAGAUCCGGGAACUUGAAGUGAGUCCGACAGCAUCUAAUCUCACCUAUAUGGACGUCUCAAGAAAUUGUUUGGAGGUGUUGCCAGGCUGGUUGAGUGACAGCAAGAAGUUGGAGGUGCUAGAUGUCAGUCAUAACUGUAUCAGAGAGCUGCCACAGUGGCUGUUUUGCAGCAGUAGUUUAAGAAAGAUCUUGGUUGGUCAUAAUCGUUUGCAGCGUUUGCCUGAGCGGAUUGAGAAACCUGUGGUUGAGGUUCUGGAUGUCCAGCACAAUCAGUUAGCUGAGCUGCCCUGCAACCUAUUUCUCAAAUCAGAAAGUUUAAGGUGCCUAAAUGCUUCGGCCAAUAAGCUGGAGAACCUGCCGCCCUCCAGCCGGUCAGAGGAGAGCAACAGCAUCCUGCAGGAGCUCUACCUGACUAACAACCUCCUGACUGACAAGUGUGUACCUCUGCUCACCGGCCACACUCAUCUCAGAAUACUGCACAUGGCCUACAACAACCUGCAGACCUUCCCAGCAAGUAAAAUGGCAAAGUUGGAGGAGCUGGAGGAAGUGGACCUUAGUGGGAACAGGCUUAAGGCUGUGCCCACCACCAUCCUAAACUGCAGGCGCAUGCACACGCUCAUUGCCCACUCCAACACGAUCGAGGUCUUUCCUGAGGUCAUGCAGCUAAUGGACAUGAAGUGUGUAGAUCUAAGCUGUAACGAGCUGGUGGAGAUCACGUUACCGGAGAACCUACCUCCUAAACUGCAGGAACUGGACCUGACAGGGAACCCACGCCUCAACCUGGACCACAAAACCCUGGAACAGCUCAACAACAUUCGCUGUUUCCGGAUCGACCCGCCUCCCUCUUCAUUCCCGGCCAAUGACACUGCAGGAGGGCCAGCCGUCUGGAGUCAUGGCUACACCGAGGCGUCUGGGUUGAAGAACAAACUGUGUGUAGCAGCCUUGUCGGUGAGUAGUUUCGGCGGCAGUAGGGAAGCUCUGUAUGGGGUGUUUGAUGGAGACAGGAACGUGGAGGUACCCUACCUGCUUCAGUGCACCAUGAACGACAUCCUGGCAGAGGAGCUGCACAGAACCAAGAGUGAGGAAGACUACAUGACCAACACCUUCCUCGUCAUGCAGAGGAAGCUGGGCACUGCUGGGCAGAAGCUGGGUGGCUCCGCGGUUCUAUGUCACAUACGACAUGACCCAACCGACCCUGCGGGCUGCUUCACGCUCACCGCUGCCAACGUGGGGAAGUGCCAGGCGGUCUUGUGCCGUGAUGGCAAGGCCCUGCCGCUCUCACUUCUGCACAACAUCGGCCUGGAGGGGGAGUACAACCGGAUCAGGCAGCACAAGGCUAUCAUCACUGAGGAUAACAAAGUGAACGGCGUGACGGACUCCACGCGGAUCAUGGGCUACUCCUUCCUGUACCCAGCCGUGCUGCCUCGGCCGUACGUCCACACGCUCGCGCUAACCCCACGCGACGAGUUCUUCAUCCUGGGCAGCCGCGGCCUGUUCGAGGCUCUAGACCCGGCAGAAGCCGUGGAGGCCGUGCGCAAGGUUCCGGACGCUCUCGCCGCUGCCAAGAAACUGUGCACGCUGGCUCAGGCGUACGGCUGCACGGAGAGCCUGAGCGCGGUGGUGGUGCAGCUCAGCGUGACCGAGGACUGCUGUUGCUGCUGCUGCUGCUCGUCCUCCAGCGGCCUCCACACCACACCUCAGCCACCGCCCAGUCCCGGUCCGGGUGCGGCCCUGUACCCGCCCUCGGCUGUUGUCCCGCCGUCCUCCUGCAGUGAGAUCAGCUCGGAGGUCAGCGCCUCAGAGAUGAGCUCAGAAGUGGGAUCCACCGCAUCUUCAGACGAGCCUCCGAUCCUGCUCCAAGAGGCGCACCUUCACCUGCACCAACCGCAGAACACCAACCCAAACCCACGCCUGCUUUCAUGCUGCUCCCUCCAUCCAGCACCUGUGAGUUCUACCAUCGUGGCUGCCAGUACCAGUUCAUUCCAGCGUCAGCUGUCGAGUGCCACCUUCUCCAGCGCGCUCUCUGAUAACGGUCUGGACAGCGAGGACGAAGAGCCCAUCGCCGGCGUCUUCUCCAACGGCAGCCGACUCGAAGUGGAGGCCGACAUCCACUGCCUGCGCCUUCUCGCGCCUCCUCCUCCUCCUCCGCCUCCCAGCACCCCCGAGGUUCCGGAUGACGUGUUACAACCGGAACCGGAGGCUACGCCAGCAGAGCCCGGUGAUGCUGAAAAGCAGAGCGAGAAAUCGGGGAGCGACGCGACCGCCGAAUCACUGACCAAAACGCUGGCGCGGAGAAGAGGCAACGGUUCAGUGGCCCCCCACGAAACAAGCCACAACUUGAUCGAGGUGGCAGCCGAGGCACCUUCUAAAAAGCCCGGCGGGUAUUUCACGGCUCCCGCACUGCCCGACCCCGACGACCAGCUCAUCAUUCCGCCCGAGCUGGAGGAGGAGGUGAAGGAGAUCAUGAAGCAGCAUCAGCAGGAGCAGGAGCAGCAGAAGCCUGGCAAAAGCGAGCAGCCGGCUGAUUACUAUGACACCCCGCUCUGAUAUCACACCCCGAUAUUAAAACCAGUUUGAGGGGCACCUGCACUGCACAGGUUUAGCUUUUCCCUGCCGAUUGCACAGUUGUCAAAUCAGAUCAAAUCAAAAGCAAAUUCGAAGCAAAGUGAACGAUGUAUACGGUGGCCGAGAUGCACAAAGCAACCUGAGACCAACAACAACUCCAAAAAAAUACAUCUAUACAACUAUAAAUGUUAAAACUAACUCAACACUGGACGUAAAAUAAACUAAAUAUGAAGC